AUGGGUCGGUCGGUUGGGCUCAUCGCCCUGUCGUAUUUGAUCGCCAAUGUCUAUGCCCAGACCGGCUCCGGCAUCAUUGGCUUCGGCAUUUCGCUCUACCCGGACUUGUGCUGCCAAGCAUGCCACGACUCGCUCUCCGCUCUAUACCUGAACUGCACCACAUUCAGCAGCAUGGACAUGAGCGGUAUGGAGGGGAUGAGCAUGUCCGGCAUGAGCAUGCCGAUGGGCACGACCAGCCCCGAAUGUUACGCCUCCAACAAGCCGUGGCUCCAGACCAUGGCCUAUUGCAUCCAGAAGAACUGCAACGCCCACGGAUACCCUGCAGACAAGCAGGCCCAAUGCUUCAGCAAGCAGGCCGUCGCCGGUGCCCCGUCACCGACCUUCCAGGAGAGCCUUCCCUCCGUGGCUCCAACCACCGAGCUCGCUUCAGAUGCCAUGUGGCUCAACGAGACUAGUUUAGUGAACCAGGCCCUCUACGACUCAACCUACGGCACCGACGGAGAGUUUGCCAGGUCUGAGUACUUCCACACCAGAUACUCUGUCGCCCUCUACUUGACUGUCAUCGGCGUGUGCGUCAUCUGUGGCGCCUGGGCCCAGCUGACGAGCGCCAGCCCUGCGCUGUACAAGAAAGUCCAAAGCCUGGCAUUCUGGGCAAAGCUCCGGCAGCACGUCUUCCUUCCAGCCCUGGUCGGCCACCGGCACCUGGAGCCUCUUCCCGGUCAGAUCGGCUAUGUACCGAGCAGGACGCUAAGCGUCUUCAUCGCCGUCUACGUUGUUCUCAAUGUCGUCUUCUCCGCCGUCAGCUUCGGCAGCUACCAGCCCAAUGUCUUCUUCCUUUCCAUGGGAUUCGAGCUCUGCGAGUAUGUCGGCAACCGCACCGGUACCCUCAGUCUUGUCAAUGCGAGCAUCGCCAUCCUGUUCGCCGGCCGCAACAACCUCCUGAUCGCUCUCACGGGAUGGAGCCAGACGACUUUCUUGACCUUGCAUCGCUGGUCUGCACGCGUUGCCACUCUGCAGGCUAUUGUGCACUCCAUAGUCUACACGAUGGCGUACUGGGAACCCGGAUAUGCAGGCUAUUCUGCUUAUGCGGCCAAGGCGGCGGAGCCUUUCUACUGGUGGGGAAUCAUUGCUACGAUCGCCAUAAGCUUAGCGGUCGCUUUUGCGGUGCUGCCGUUCCGCAUCAGGUUCUACGAAACUUUCCUGGCCAUCCACAUCGUCCUCGUCGUCCUCUUCCUCGUGGGGUGCUGGUACCACUUGGUUCCCCACUUCGGCCUUGUCUUUGGCUACCAGACUUGGCUUUACAUCUGCUUCGCCUACUGGGCCUUUGAACGUUUUGCCAGACUUGUUCGCCUUGCUUUUUACAACCUCGGCGGCUCCAAGGCAGAAGUGACGGCUAUUCCCGGUUCCAAUGUGAUGCAGGUGAAGGUUCACCCACGGUCCAUAACAGGGUUCGGCCCGGGUCAGCACAGCUUCCUUUACUUCCCCGCAUCGGGCAAGGUUUGGGAGAGCCACCCUUUCAGUGUUGCAGGGUGGAGGGCUGCAGGUAGUGCUGCGCCUAACGUAUCCGCUCCUGCUUCACCUACAGACGAGAUCAACAAGAAGGACGCCGUCGUGUCGCUGAGCGAGCCACGGAGCCAGGGUGCCCCCUCGGUCACUUUCCUGAUUCGCGCUCACAGCGGCGCCACAGCAUGGCUUCAACGCCAGCUCGCCUCCUCAUCUACCAUCACGACAUCGGUCCUCACAGAGGGACCCUAUGCGGGCCACCGUGCCACUCACCAGUCGCUCCUUGUUGCGGAUACGGUUCUGUGCCUCAUAGGCGGCAUCGGCAUCACCAGCGCGCUCGGCUUCAUCCAGCAGUACGCGAACGCGUCCGCUGGGGAGGCUUCGGGGAAGACGAAGAGAUUUGUUCUGGCCUGGUCCGCUAGGGAGAUGUCACUCAUCGAGCACGUGCGCCACAACUUCCUUGAUAACGUUCCGGGCCUCGAGUGCUCGUUGUACUGUACCAGCACCAGCUCCAGCGACGUGUCCGAACAGAAGACCUCCCUGAACGGAUCUGACGCUGCGGCAGCGGGCGUAAUCAUGAGCAGGAUGGAUGUCGGCGCCGUGAUACGUUCACACCUCGAGACGGACCACCAGACAACCGUUCUAGUCUGCGGCCCGGGCCAAAUGGCAGACGAGGCCACUAUGCACGUCGUCAACGGCGUUAGGGAUGGCUUCAGGGUGGAUCUGGUUGAAGAGGCUUUCACCUGGUAG